CAGUUCGCGAGAGAAUCAGUUGGUCGGCGGUUCGUAACAGCGCACGUUACGUUUUUAACGGACGAGCGGAUUAACGUCGGUAUCGACAAGUUUAUCACCCAACCCAAAAACCAAUUGUCAAUCGAAGACGAUAGCGCGGCGUAUUUGCCAAUCCAAGUGAUAUCUUUUGGCUGUGGUUAAUGUUUUUAAUGCUUUCUGGCUGCCCUGAAAUGCCGUCGGCUUUUGGUCCCUGUGAACUUUCGAGCUGAAGACCUAAGCCCUCAAACUGAUGUCCACCUUGGCCAGCACUCGACCGCCCCCGCUCAAGCUGACUAUUCCUUCCUUAGAGGAGGCAGAGGACCACGCGCAGGAGAGGAGAGCGGGCGGAGGUGGCCAGGAAGUAGGUAAAAUGCAUCCGGAUUGCUUGCCCUUGCCGCUUGUCCAGCCGGGCAACUCGCCCCAAGUGCGGGAGGAGGAGGAGGACGAGCAGACGGAGUGCGAGGAGCAGCUGAACAUAGAGGAUGAAGAGGUCGAGGAGGAGCACGAUUUGGACCUGGAGGAUCCGGCCAGCUGCUGCAGUGAGAAUAGUGUCUUGAGUGUGGGCCAGGAACAAUCGGAAGCAGCACAGGCUGCGCUAUCCGCUCAAGCUCAGGCCAGGCAGAGGCUUUUGAUCAGCCAAAUCUAUCGACCGUCGGCAUUCAGCAGCACUGCUACCACUGUUUUGCCGCCCAGCGAAGGUCCGCCCUUCUCACCCGAAGAUCUCCUGCAACUGCCUCCCUCCACUGGAACCUUCCAGGAGGAGUUCCUGCGAAAGUCCCAGCUGUACGCCGAGGAGCUGAUGAAACAGCAGAUGCAUCUAAUGGCCGCCGCCAGGGUGAACGCUCUCACGGCAGCGGCGGCGGGAAAACAGCUGCAAAUGGCAAUGGCGGCGGCGGCGGUUGCCACAGUGCCCAGCGGUCAGGAUGCACUGGCUCAGCUGACGGCCACGGCAUUGGGUCUGGGACCCGGUGGAGCGGUGCAUCCCCAUCAGCAAUUGCUACUGCAAAGGGAUCAGGUCCACCACCAUCAUCACAUGCAGAAUCACCUGAAUAACAAUGAAAAUCUGCACGAAAGGGCGCUCAAAUUCAGCAUAGACAAUAUCCUGAAGGCGGACUUUGGUUCCAGAUUGCCCAAGAUUGGUGCUUUAAGUGGCAAUAUCGGUGGUGGCAGUGUAAGUGGGAGCAGUACUGGCAGCAGUAAAAAUUCUGGAAAUACCAAUGGCAACAGAUCUCCCCUAAAGGCGCCCAAGAAGUCGGGAAAGCCACUGAAUCUGGCUCAAAGUAACGCCGCCGCCAACUCGAGCUUGAGCUUCUCCAGCUCGCUGGCGAAUAUAUGCAGCAACAGCAACGAUUCCAAUAGCACCGCCACCAGCAGCAGCACGACGAACACCUCGGGGGCACCAGUGGAUCUGGUCAAGUCGCCACCGCCAGCGGCAGGAGCGGGUGCCACAGGAGCAUCCGGUAAAUCGGGCGAGGAUUCCGGCACUCCCAUCGUUUGGCCAGCGUGGGUCUACUGCACCCGCUACAGCGAUCGUCCCAGCUCAGGUCGAAGUCCACGAGCGCGAAAGCCCAAGAAGCCGGCGACGUCCAGUUCGGCGGCAGGUGGUGGGGGUGGGGGCGUCGAGAAGGGGGAGGCCGCCGAUGGGGGCGGGGUGCCGGAGGACAAAAGGCCGCGAACGGCCUUCAGCGGAACGCAGUUGGCCAGACUGAAGCACGAGUUCAACGAGAAUCGCUAUCUGACGGAGAAGCGACGCCAGCAGCUGAGCGGGGAACUGGGACUGAACGAGGCGCAGAUCAAGAUCUGGUUCCAGAACAAACGGGCCAAGCUGAAAAAGUCGAGCGGCACCAAGAAUCCGCUGGCGCUGCAGCUGAUGGCGCAGGGAUUGUACAACCACUCGACGAUACCGCUGACCCGCGAGGAGGAGGAGCUGCAGGAGCUGCAGGAGGCGGCUAGUGCCGCUGCCGCCAAGGAGCCCUGCUAGAAGGAGGUGGGGUGUGCGGCAAUAUCUACAAUCUAGUAUUUAUGGAGUAGUGUGUAAGCUAGCUUUAGAAAUUCUGAGCGAUUAAGUUGUACAAUAUUCUAGUCCGCCGCACACGCAGUCGAACGCAGAAUCAGGUGAAGAAAUCUUCCGGAGAAUUGGCCGCUGGGCGUAGAAAUCCCCCGAAGAGCUAUGAUUGUGUGUGCGUUUUGUAUAAUAGAUUCAUAAAUUCACAACUAAAUAAUUUAAUAAACAUUUAAAUUAUACACGCCGUUUUUGUUGCUGUCGUUAUCAAAGAAUUUUGCAUAAUUUUAAUGUGAUUGCCAUAUCUGUUUAUGGGCCGCAGCCAAUCGAACAGUCGGCCAAUUGGCCAAGUGGGUGGUCUCCAUCUAUAGCUUUUGCUAUUGAUAUAUACAUAUAUCGAUCGCAUUUCCAUUUUCCGUGGGCGUCGGCAUUAAUUACUCAAUUAACAAUGCGCGGAUCAAAAGAUUGGGCACCGGCCGCAGCAAUUGCUGGAAUUACAUUCGAAUUGAAUUCAUUAUGCAAAUUGAAUUUAAAACUGCUAUCUUCGAGCAUAAUCACGCCUAAUAAACGGCGUCUCGUCUCGAUGCCAAACAUUAGCCACAUAUAUUAUUAAAUUCCCUCCUUCGUCGCUUUGUUUUCGUCCCCUCUUGUUUCGCUCCCUCGUCUAAUUUAGCCAUUAAAUUUGCAUACAGUCGUCAAAUCCAGGUGUGUGCAGGUGUGUGUGUGUGCGCCAGUGUGUGCGAGUGUGUGAGUCUGCCAACGGCACAAAUUGACACCUUGACGGCCAAAGCGGCGCCCGCCGAGCUUUACCUUUGCUUUUGCUGUUGCUUUUGCUUUUGGCCAAACUGAAGUGCAGCGUCAACAUCGCGUAGGUGUUAAAUGUGUCUGUCAUUGCAGGCGGCACGGGUUAAGCCGUCGGCGGGGGGGUGGAGAGGGCCGGGCGGUACAGUGGAUCGCAGGCACGUAACACCUGCAGAAGUUCGAGGGGCCAAACAAAGUGGACGACAACAAUAAACAACUGAAGGUAAUGUCUAAAUACAGAAAACAUUUAACCACAAUGGCAAUCAAUUUGAUCGUAAAUCUUCCAUUUGAAAAAACUACAUAUUUUAAUAUACCAAAUUACCAAUUUAAAUUAUUUUCUAAUCUUAAAUAAUUUGAAUUGUGCUUAUUCAGUUAAUAGUAAAGUUUUUAAAUUACAAUGCAUAUUUAUUAUUGCAGUUAUUAUUAUUUCAUCCUAUAGACAUUUUCUGAGAAAUAAUGACUUAUUAAAUGGAAUUUAGCAAAGAGUAAGAAUGUUAUUUAAUCAAGAAGUAAUACAAUCAUUUAGAAAAAAAUAAAGUUUUUAUUAAUAUUUUUGGCUUGACUGAACUUUAAAAAUUCCAAGUUAACCUCUUCUUUCCCGAUGAGCAACUAAAAUCCAUUUGCAGUCCAAAAAUAAAAUGUAUAACAAGUAUAGCAAAGUAGUAUAUUUACCAUUAUGGAAUGUUUAAUUUGUGGCUUUGGCUUGCCUUUUUUGAUUUUUUAUUCGACUGACUGGACUGGCAGUGCAACAACAAAUUCGCGCGAGAAAUAAAAAAAAAAAAACGUCUUAAUUCGCCGUGAAUGAUUUACGGAUCGGUUUUGGGUUUCGCAUCGAAGGCGACAUUCGUUUGUGUAUCAUAUAUUAUAGUAUCGUAUCGUAUCGUAUCAGACAGGCGAACAAAGGCAAAUGAUACUGCUACGUAACGACGGCCGCGUUAUAACGUUAUUACGUUCGGCACUUUAUUCGCGAGGCUCCACUGUGCGUGGGAGUUUUCCGAGCGGCCUAAGUGAUUUUUUAUGGCACGCGUCUGGCGAAGAUAUAACUUCAUAAAAAGUCAAUUUAAGUUUAGUAAUAUUUUGCUGAAUUUAUAGUUGCGAGUAUUUUGUUUAAGCAUAAUUUUUUAUUGCCGCUUGCCUCAGGCUUCGCGAACUGGAUUCGAAUCCGAAUAUAGGGGGGUUUUGAACUUUUUGUUUUGGAGGAAUCGCCAUGAGUCAUGGGAGCGGGUAUAUUACGUUAUAAAUUCAAUAAAUGUGACCAUAAAAAGGCCCAUUCAAAUACCUUGUCCGCGUACAUUAAUCCCGCUGUCCUCCGCCCCAAGCUCCCCCCUUUAACCCACGAUCCCCAGGACCCCCUUAACCCUUUGUAGCCACACAUUACAACGCCUCGAAUGCUGCCGCAAACUGCUGGAGCUGCUCCGUUCUUAACCCCCCUGCACCAAAUGAUUAAUGUCUGGCAGCUCGCAGCCUUGGCGCGAGUUAAGGCCAGAAACAGAGCCACCAUCCAACAUCCAACAUCCAGCAUCCAGAAUCCCGGGUCCAGAGUCCGAGUGUUCCCGGAAUGCCAGCGCAAGUAACCCGAAAAAAAGACAAUACGCAUAAAUCUAUGGGGUUGACACUUAGUACCCAAAGACCACAGACUUCAAAUGAAUUUGUUUUGCAGAUCCACGGCUGACUUUAGAGGGGCGUUGGGUUCAAAGGGGGGCCAGCUGAGUGGCGAGGCGUCAUAAAAUUGGCAACAAAUUGUUUUCACGCCGUUUUAAAUACACAUUUUUUAGCCGAUACUUGGAGACCGUUUAAUGAGCGAAACCAAAAGGAACCAAAGCAAAGCCGAACCGGGUGACCGGAACGAGAACGGGAACGGGAACUGAGAACUGCACUGGGAGAAAAGUAUAGUAAAAUUAACUUGUAAUACUUUUAUGUUUUUUGUCUCAAAUAAGAUUCAUUUAAAAGUUAUU